CGGGGGCGGAAGGCGGAGCACAGGCGUGGGGGGCGUUGUCGCCGCGGUGGAGGGGCGGUGGCGGUGGCGGAGUUGUGGGUCUCGGCGCGAUGGCCGCUUCGGUGUUCUGCUGCCUGCGGUGUUGCAGAGACGGUGGUAGCGGCCACAUCCCUCUGAAGGAAAUGCCGGCAGUGCAGCUGGACACGCAGCACAUGGGUAUCUGGGGUAUUGGAGUUGCAACCCAGAAAGUUAACUUGAAUCAGAUUCCUCUUGGCCGAGAUUUCCACAGUCUGGUGAUGAGAAAUGAUGGAGCGCUUUAUCACAACAAUGAGGAGAAGAACAGACUGCCAGCAAACAGCCUUCCACAGGAGGGAGACGUGGUGGGUAUUACAUAUGACCAUGUAGAACUAAAUGUGUAUUUGAAUGGAAAAAAUAUGCAUUGUCCAGCAUCAGGUAUACGAGGAACAGUGUAUCCAGUUGUUUAUGUUGACGACAGUGCAAUUCUGGAUUGCCAGUUCAGUGAAUUUUAUCACACGCCUCCACCUGGUUUUGAAAAAAUAUUAUUUGAACAGCAGAUCUUCUGAAUUUUUUUUUAAACUUGUAUUUCUGCACUGUUAAAAGUGUUUACCAUUUAAUAAAGCUUUACCUGAGCUAUAGAUGAAAAUAUAUUCUUCAAAAUAUGCUUAUUGAUGUUGUCUAAAGAACCAGUAUAUGCAGUAUACUACAAAUAAGUUGUGAUUUAAAUAUGUGAUGUGAAUAUCAGUAUUGGGGCAGUUUAUUUAAUUCUU